AUGUUCAAACCUUCAAUUACUACUAACACUACUAGUAAUUCAAACACACAACACCUUGCACAUCAUCACCACUAUCAUCAAUCGAAUAAUCAUUCCCUAUUCGCUGAAAGUAAUUCUAAUCUCGAAAACAAUCUCUGCUCCCUCCUCUUCAAUAACUCUAAUAAACUACCAACCAUGAAUCAUCACCAUCCACACCACCACCACAACUCACACCACGACACAUUCUUUUCAACUGCCAGCAAUCAACUUCUCGAUUUGGAAGAUAUCAUGGAAGACGAAUAUCAAGCUUUGAGACCAUGUCUUCGAACUCAUUCUACCAAUCUAACUCUCCCCCCAAAAAAACAAUAUCUUGUAAAAACGAGACAGAAGCGAAAAAUGGUUAUUCCAUCGAGUACUGAUGCUACUCGCAUAGUCAUGAAUACUUAUUAG